AUGUACGCGUUAACAAUAUCCAUCAUAUUUGCUGCAGAUUGUGGAAACUUAGACAUGCUGAAUAUAUCAAAUGCUCGUAUGAGGCUCAGAUUAUCUGAUACAAAAUACCAGGCGAAUGCUGCUAUAAUCUGUGACACUGGAUACACUGAUAAACAUAAUCCUCAGGCAAUGUAUACAUCAACAACUAUGAUCAAGUGCUCUGCCAAUGGAACAUGGGCAAAUGUACCAAAAUGUGUAAGGAAAGAUUGUGGUAAUCUAAUCAAGUUGAAUAUACCAAAUGCUCACGACAGGCGUGAGAUCAACGGUACAAAAUACAACUCUAUCGCAAAUAUUAGCUGUGAUGCGGGAUACAAAGAGAAAAAUAUAACUCAGAGAGAAGGAAUUACAAGUACUUUGAUAAGUUGUAACGAGAAUGGUACAUGGGCUAUUCAACCGACGUGUGUCAGGAAAGACUGUGGUGAUUUGAACAAUAUCAACAUAAACAAUGCAGUCAUUAGACGCCUGCAUAAUGACACCAAGUACAAUGCUACAGCAGAGAUAGACUGUGAUGAAGGUUAUUAUAACAAAAAUCAAACCCAGUCAGCUGGAAUAUCAACUACAAAAAUAAGUUGUUCCGAGUAUGGAAAAUGGGUGAAUAUACCUAUGUGCAUAAGGAAAGAUUGCAGACUUUUAUCAUCUCCACCAAAUGGAAAUAUCGCAUUUGAACAAAAUGAUACAUCCUAUGGAUUUACUGCCACAAUCACGUGCCGUGAUGGGUACAGUGUGGUUGGCCCAGACAAUAUAGUGUGUGAGAAGUCAGGAAACUGGAGUAGCUACAUAACACGGUGUCAAAUUAAUGAUUGUGGGCGGUUGCCACCGCCAAAGAAUGGAAAUAUCACUUUUGUUCAAUACAUGACAACAUUUGGUUCUAAUGCUACAUACACGUGUGAUGAUGGGUAUUAUAUUAUUGGUUCAAAGACAAAACAGUGUGAAGCGUCAGGAAGUUGGAGCACUAACGAAACACGUUGUCAAAUUAUAGAUUGUUACACGCCUAACCCAGUACAAGACGGUUUUAUUGAAACUCCGGAUGGAACAAAGUUUGGUGCUGUAGCCAACAUUUCCUGUAAUCCAGGAUAUACAUUACACGGAGACAACUUUACAAAGUGCUUGGCGAAUGGCACAUGGAAUAAAUAUUCUGUAAAUUGCACGCAGAAUGUAUGCCCUGCAGCAAAUGGUAUUGAUCAUGGUUCAGUUAAUACAACCGUCAAAUCACAUGCUGUGUAUAAGUGUGACACAGGGUAUACUUUACACGGCCAGGAGAGAUUGUUUUGUCAGCUAAAUG